AUGGCCAUGACAAACUCAGCUAUUGGUUUUGAAGGCUACGAAAAGAGGCUUGAGAUAUCUUUUUUUGAGAAUGGUAUUUUCGCUGAUCCAGCUGGGUUAGGUCUUAGAGCAUUGUCGAAAGACCAAUUGGAUGAAAUUCUGAACCCAGCAGAGUGCACUAUUGUUGACUCUCUAUCUAAUGAUUAUGUUGAUUCAUAUGUUCUUUCUGAGUCAAGCUUGUUUGUUUAUGCUUACAAACUUAUCAUUAAAACGUGUGGGACUACAAAGUUGCUUCUUUCUAUCCCUGCAAUUCUUAAGCUUGCCGAUGGUCUUAACAUUGCUGUGAAAUCGGUAAGAUACACUCGCGGAAGCUUCAUCUUUCCUGGAGCUCAAUCAUUCCCUCAUCGUAGCUUUUCUGAGGAGGUUGAUGUUCUUGACAGCUAUUUCGGCAAACUGGGUUCUGGUAGCAAAGCUUACAUGAUGGGUGAUGCUGGUAAGUCACAAAUUUGGCACAUUUACUCUGCAAGUGCUAAACUAGAAGCUUCACCGGAAGCUGUCUAUGGCCUUGAAAUGUGCAUGACUGGUUUAGAUAAGGAAAAAGCAUCCGUGUUUUUCAAGACAAGCACAUCUUCAGCAGCUUUGAUGACUAAGAAUUCUGGAAUCAGGAAGAUCCUUCCAAAAUCUGACAUAUGUGACUUUGAAUUUGAUCCAUGUGGGUAUUCGAUGAAUGGAAUUGAAGGAAAUGCAAUAUCAACUAUCCAUAUCACCCCUGAAGAUGGAUUUAGUUAUGCAAGCUUUGAAGCUGUGGGUUAUGAGUAUGAUGAGAAAUCUCUGAAUGAAGUUGUUGAAAGGGUUUUAGCAUGUUUCCAUCCAGCUGAGUUUUCUAUUGCUUUGCACAUUGAUAUGAAUGGUGAAAAGCUUCACAAAUUUCCUCUAGAAGUUAAAGGAUACAACUGUGGAGAGAGGAGCAGUGAAGUUGUUGGAGAUGGUGGUGCUGUUGUUUACCGUUCCUUUGUUCGAAAGAAUGGCUGCUCAUCUCCAAAUUCUACUCUAAAAUGUUGCUGGAUUGAGGAUGAGAGCGAGGAGGAAGAGGUGAAGGAGAUAUAA